UCGUUUUAUUCUAGAAUUGUAUUCCUUCCAUUAUUUAACGUGCACGCUCAAAAUUAGGACCGGAAAUGUCGCGUUUUAGUGACGUCACAUAGCUGCGCCGGUUUAGUUCAAGAUGUCCCAGGAUAUUAUCGGUCCGGCUCUUCCUCCAGGAUUUUGUGCUGCUAACGAAGAGGAAGACAAAGAGGAUGUUGCAGGUCCAGUAUUGCCUCCUGGCUACAAGUACAACCACAGUUCAGACUCAUCCGAGGACAGUGAUGAGGAGACUUCAUCCAGCACCAUGCACCACAACAGACUGUCUACUGGAAAGGACAAAAAUGAUUCCACAAACAGAAAAAUUGGAAAGGCUUCAGAUGAUGAUGAUGAUUUUUUUGGUCCUGCUCUCCCUCCAGGCUUUAAGAAACGAUCGGACUCCCCUGAUAGGCCUGUUAUAGGUCCUGCCCUACCUCCUGGCUUCAAAAGACCCGAUUCAGAUAGUGAGGAUGAUUCACAUAAAGGUUCUGCAGACGAAAAGCAUAAGCUUUUCAAAGUCCAGAAUUUGUACAGCCUGUCUAAGCUUGGAGAAAAAAGGAAGAGGACAGCUGAUUGA